AUGCAGGAGGAUCCUAAUUUGCAGAUUCAUUUUAAAGGUCACCGGGGUGCAAUCACAAACGCCAGUUUCAACUCGAAUGGCAAACAAUUGGGUAUUCAUGCCACCUCGUCAAUGGAUUGUUCGUUGAUGAUCUGGAACAUCAAACCACAAACAAGGGCAUACAGAUUCGUGGGUCAUGAGGAUGCUGUGUUUUGUGCAGUGUUUUCUCCCAAUGGUGAACUUGUGCUGUCAGCAUCCAAAGAUAGAACCGUCAGAUUGUGGAUUCCCAGCGUAAAAGGCGAAUCAGUAACUUUUCGGGCUCAUUCGGCCGCUGUUCGAUGGGUGGAUGUAUCCUCCGAUAAUAUGCAUCUCUGUACAGCUUCCGCUGACAAGUCUGUUAAGGUAUGGAGCAUUCACAGACAAAAGUUUGUUUAUUCUCUCAACAAGCACGUGAACUGGGUUCGAUGCUGCAAGUCCGACGUAUUUCAUCUUAACACUUCAAUAGAUAUUCGCCUGACACUGAUUCUGUCGAGUUCUGAUGACAAAACAAUCCGCCUAUGGGAUUGCCGAAACCAGGAUUGCGUCCAAACUUUCACUGAACAGGGUGGCUUUGCCAGCCAUCUUGACUUUCAUCCUAGUGGGAACUGCUUUGCUUCUGCUGGCACAAAUUGUUCGGUCAAAAUUUGGGACCUUAGGAUGAAACGUCUCCUGCAGCAUUACAAUGACCAUACGUCCUCCGUGAAACAAGUCAGUUUCCAUCCGAGUGGACACUACCUCCUCUCGGCUUCUGAGGAUUCGACGCUAAAGAUCUUCGAUCUGCUUGAAGGUCGACCUUUAUAUACCUUGAAUGGUCACAGGGGUGCUGCUACUGCUGUUGGAUUCUCCUCAACCGGCGCUUUGUUCGCCUCUGGUGGAGCCGAUGAACAAGUCUUUCUCUGGAAGACGAACUUUGACCAGGUCGAUGGUCGUGACUCCGUCCUCCUGACUACACGUGUGCGGCAGUCGGUCCUCAGUGAGCACCAGCCAAAUGAGGCCUACUGCAGCCAGCGCUACGGCGCCGGCGAUGCGGCCUGUGACUCCAUGCCACAGGUGCCGCCAUUCGCGUCGGCUCAAAGUCAUGUCACCACCGCAGAGGAGACGCUCCUACUGGAUGGUGAUGGCGAGGCACAGAGCCACCCCCAGCGUCGCCAGCAGCAGUACCGCGAACGUCCGAGCCAGAAAAUCAUCCAGUAUCGAGAGAUGGCGCCCAACAUGCAGGUCAUUGAUUCUCCUCAAACUGCGCCGUUGCAGCCGUCAUCAGAUGGCCCGACCUCUUAUUCCUCCACAAAGGUGCCAUUUUUCUUUUCCUAUGUUUAA